AUGCCAACGGUAAACUCGAACUCGUACGUCCACGGGAACCACAGCGCCCCGCCGCCGCCGCCGACGACUCAACAACACUAUGGAUACCAACAGCAGUUUGCGUUUCAAUACUCGCAGUGUACGGGGCGCCGGAAAGCUCUGUUGAUCGGUAUCAACUACUUCAACCAGCGCGGCCAGCUCCGAGGGUGUAUCAACGAUGUGAGGAACAUGUCGGCCUACCUCGUCGAGAACUUCGGCUACAAACGCGAGGACAUGGUCAUCCUCACCGACGACCAACAAAAUCCCAUGAGCCAGCCAACGAAGCAGAAUAUCCUGAGGGCCAUGCACUGGCUCGUCAAGGAUGCCCGGCCAAACGAUUCGCUCUUUUUCCACUAUUCCGGUCACGGUGGGCAGACAAAAGACCUCGAUGGCGACGAGGAGGACGGGUAUGACGAAGUCAUCUAUCCCGUCGACUUCCGACAGUACGGGCACAUCACCGACGAUGAGAUGCACCGCAUCAUGGUGCGGCCCCUCCAGGCGGGCGUGCGCCUCACAGCCAUUUUCGACUCGUGUCAUUCCGGCACAGCGCUCGACUUGCCCUACAUCUACUCCACCCAGGGCAUCCUUAAGGAGCCCAACCUUGCCAAGGAGGCCGGUCAGGGUCUACUCAGCGCCGUGUCCGCAUACAGCCGCGGCGAUCUUGGUGGCGUCGCCAACAACAUCAUGGGCUUCUUCAAGAAAGCGAGCAACAGCGAAGAUGCCUAUGCCAGGUCGAUGGCUGUCAAGACUUCGCCCGCGGACGUGGUUAUGUUCUCGGGGAGCAAAGACGACCAGACCUCAGCCGACGCGACCAUCGCCUCCCAGGCCACCGGCGCCAUGUCAUGGGCCUUCAUCACGGCCCUCAAGAAGAACCCGCAGCAGAGCUACGUGCAGCUGCUCAACAGCAUCCGCGACGAGCUGCAGACGCGCUACACGCAAAAGCCCCAGCUCUCGUGCAGCCAUCCCCUCGGUAGGUUUCUUCCCGCCUUGCAUCCCACUGCAUCUCUGUCCUGA